AUGCGCUGUAGCUUGAUAGGGGCUGUUUUGGCCUUUGGAGGCUUCUCCCAGGCGGCCUUCAACCAGGGAGCUCUGCGAGCGUUCAAUCGCGUCCAGCAAUUUGAGCAGAGAUGGGAAGCAGUUCCAGCUGAGCAACCAGCCUUCCAGGCUCGGGCAGCACCAAGGUUUCUCACCAACAAGACUGAGAAGUUCGCUGUUGACGGUACAUCCAUUCCAGAGGUGAAAUUCGACAUUGGCGAGUCAUACGCCGGCUUGCUCCCCAUUUCUCAAGCGGCCAAUGAGACCAGAGAGUUGUAUUUUUGGUUCUUUCCCAGCACCAACGCCUCAGUUGACGAUGAGGUUGUGAUUUGGUUGAACGGAGGACCAGGCUGCAGUUCUCUCAGCGGUCUUUUGACUGAGAAUGGCCCCUUCCUGUGGCAGGAUGGUACUCUUGCUCCUGUUCCCAACUCUUAUAGUUGGACCAACCUUACCAAUGUGAUCUGGAUUGAGCAGCCGGUAGGCGUUGGAUACAGCCAGGGAACGCCCAAUAUCACCAACGAGGUGGAACUUGGUCUUCAAUUCAUUGGGUUCUGGAAAAACUUCAUUGAGACGUUUGAUCUCCAUGGAGCGACAACGUACAUCACCGGCGAAUCAUACGCUGGCUACUACGUUCCAUACAUCGCCGACGCCUUCAUCACAGCUGCCGAUGAUACGUACUACAAGCUUGGGGGUGUUGCCAUCAACGACCCUAUUCUUGCAGAUGGCACCCUGCAGCAAGAAGUUGUCCUCCUGCCCUUCAUUGAGUACUGGCAGAACCUCCUGAAUCUCAAUCAGACGUACGUCAAUGCGCUGCGGUGGACUCAUGAGCACUGCAACUAUUCCACGUAUCUGGAUACCUAUGCAACUUUUCCACCACCAGGCCCGUUACCCAGUCUUCCCGACCCUUACCAGGACCCCUCCGGAAACUACACUUGCGACAUUUUUGAUCUUGCGUACUACGCCGCGCUGGAAGCAAACCCGUGUUUCAACAUCUACCACAUUACCGACACAUGCCCUCAUACCUAUGCUCAACUAGGCAUUGUCAACUCGGGCGACUACUCUCCCCCAGGCGCGCAAGUCUACUUCAACCGCACCGACGUGAAGAAGGCUCUCAACGCCCCCGACGUGGAUUGGUACCAGUGCACGCCCAAUAAUGUCUUCGGUAACGGAGACCCCAAUUCCAACGCCAGCGAUUCAUCUCUCGCCCCUGCUCAAAACAACGUUCUCGGCCGAGUCAUCGACAACACCAACAACACGAUCGUAGGUGUUGGUAGACUGGACUUCCUCCUUGCUCCCAACGGCACCCUCUUUGGGCUCCAGAACGUGACCUGGAACGGUCUCCAGGGGUUCCAGAAGUAUCCCCAGGACAAGGAAUUCCUAGUUCCAUAUCACGAGGAAUACAACGGAGGAAGGCUUAGUGAGGCCGGCAUCGUAGGCAACUGGGGUAAGGAGCGUGGUCUGACGUACUAUGAGGUCCAGCUGGCCGGCCAUGAGUUGCCAGGGUAUACUGCAGGAGCGGGAUACCGAACACUGGAGCUGCUUCUGGGACGUAUUGACAGCUUGGACGCACCUGGAGGUUUUACAACUCAGGCCAGCGGUUCCCCUGGGAACAGUACUCGCAGCUUGAGCGGCCGUAUAGUCUAG